AAAUUUGGCGGCAAAGUAAAGUGAGUUGAUUGUUUAUUUUAUUUUUUUCCCGUUGUCUUUUAUUACGGUGGGUUAAUAAAUAAUUGCAUAUUGCAUUGUAUAUAUGUAUUCUUUCUUUGUAUAUUAUUCAGUACUUUACUUCAGUUCAGUACAAUAUCGUUCGUGUUAUAUUGGCAUUUUUUAGUGUAUUGCUUAGAAUAUACCCUGUUUAAAGUUUUCUUAUAUAGUUAAGGCAAGUUGAAGAUAUAUUUAAAAAAAUGAGUGAAUCUUUUCCGCUUCAAGAUUGUAAUGAAGAUAAUUUUCGUCAACACGCAUUAAAAGAAGCAAUGGAACUGUUAAACGUGUUAAAAAAUCAACAAGUUGAACUAAAACGUGUGCAAGAUUCUAUUGGGGGCAUGUUGGAGAAUACGGAAAUAUUGGUGAAUAAGUUGCAGUCAGAUAAGGAAAACAUUACUAAUAAGAAUAAGAGUAAAAAUGAAGUGCAUAGGACAAUAGAAAAUCUUUUCAAUAUGUUGAAACCGGAAGCCAGACCAGAGUUAAUCAGAAAUAUUGCAUGUAUAUUAAAAGAAUUUGAUGAAGAUGUUAGUGAAUUUUGUGCGAAUAUAAUUUUUAAAAAAAGUUUAAAUGAUCAUUGGUUUUUACAUGAACAAAUAGGAGUUCAACUGUGGAUCAACUUUCGUGAGAAAAACUUUUUCGAGAUUUACGUUCGUGAGCGUGAGCAUGAGCGUUCCACUUGCAAAAUCGACAAACAAUUAAUUGAUCUCUUACAAGAAAAUUUCGACACCAUCUUCUUUAAACCAAAAACUUGCGGUACUGUGGACAUUGAAAAUAAAAAAAUUGCAAGAACAGUCAUUACCCUUGUAGGACAACUAUUUAACAACGAUAGAUUGUCUGAAUCCCUUCUGAAUACGCUGUUAAGCGAAUUAAUAAAUGUUAAAAGUCACCUUAGUGUUCAAUGUAUAUUUGAUCUGCUGAUAGUAGUUUCCACAGGUCCUAGAAGUAAACACUUUAAGUUGACAGAGGAAAACAAGAAAAACUUAGAAUUACUUCAAAAAGACAGCCAUUUACAAGAGGAUGACAAAUUAUUAGUUAUCCACUCUCGUGCGCUUUAUAAUAAAAUGUAAUAAUUCAUCUCAUUUCAUGUAUUAGGAUAUAUCUACAAAUGGAAAUAACCUUAUUCACUGUUUAUUUUAUCAGAAUAAUAUAAUCUUUUUUAUCUCA